GGCUGAAACCUGUUGUGUCCUUAGCAUUUGCCUCCUUCUAUAUAUAAGAACCCUAGAACCUCUCUCUCUCUCUCUCUCUCCCUCCUUCCAUGACUUCUGUUUCUCUGAACCUACCAGAUCAAACUGAACUCUUCAUUUCCCCCGAUAAUCACCAUUCAACUCUCUCAUGUUACUCCUUCUUCGACAUAUUAGACCAAAGCCAGACCAAAGAUAUCAGAUACUUAACACAUGCUGAUCAAGAGGAUGUGAAGUUUGUAUUUCAUGGUGGAUCAUCAGAUAAUGAGCAAGUGUGCAAUGCAUCGUCCACUCAACCUAAGUCGGUUAUGGCAGAUCCAAAUAGCAGCGCGUGUAGCCGCCAUAAUUUAUCCUUCCACAAAAUAGAGGAUCCAGAGAAGAGAAGAGGAAAUUACGGGUAUGAAAAAUGGUUGUCUUCAAAUGUGAGGUUGACGAGAAAAAUGAUGAGCCCACCUAGCAGCAAUAACAGUGAUCUAGCCACAAACAAAGCUUUCGAUAUUAUUAGGGUUUGUGCAGAUUGUAACACAACCAGUACCCCACUCUGGAGGAGUGGUCCUAAUGGUCCUAAGUCACUUUGCAAUGCCUGCGGCAUUCGGCAGAGGAAGGCGAGAAGGGCAAUGGCAGAAGCGGCGAAUGGUUUUGGUCCUUCCAGAGGGCAUCAUGAAAAGGAAAAGAAGUGUCGUAGAAAGCAUUUUGCAGGGUUGAAGAAUAAGUCCAAGACUGCAACUAGUGCUACUGGUAGAGGAACAUUAUCUGAGGAGCAGAAACUGAGGAUUGAUUUGAAGGACUUUGCCAUAAGUUUGAGGGAUGAUUCAGCUUUGAAGCAAGAGUUUCCAAUGGAUGAAGUAUCUCAGGCAGCGAUGCUUCUAAUGGAUUUAUCUAGAGAGGCUUUGUUUACUUAUUAUAAGUAGAACUCUUUCUUCCAUGUAAUAUUCAUUUUCCACUAAUAUCUUAAGUAUUCACAAAUAUUAACUAAUGUCUUAUCACAAUAUUUUUAAUAAAAAUAUCUCCUAUAUCCAA